CUCGGAACACCGUGACACGUCAACCGUUGAUUCAGGGCCCCACCAACCACCACACCAUAAGUGUCAUCGUUCAGCUACCCGUCUUUCAGGUCAACAACAUCACACUGUUACCCUACACACGCAGUUAGUGCCGAGUGAUAUGGCGCCCCAGUAUCUUUCUGGCGAUAGUGCCGCAAUUGAGGAGUUCUUAUCCAGGUUCGAUGUGUUCUUGUUUGAUUGUGACGGCGUCCUUUGGUCUGGCGAUCACCUCUUCGAAAAGGUCCCCGAGACGAUUCAGAUGCUGCGAAGCAAAGGCAAACAACUAGUGUUCGUGACUAACAACAGCACAAAAUCGCGCGCAGACUACAAGAAGAAAUUCGAUAAGCUGGGUAUCCCCGCCGAAGUGAACGAAGUCUUUGGAUCCUCCUACAGCGCCGCCGUCUACAUCAACCGCAUUCUCAAACUACCAGGCCCGAAGAAUAAGGUAUUCGUUCUCGGCGAAUCUGGUGUUGAGCAGGAAUUGGAAGCUGAGGGCGUUCCCUACAUUGGCGGGACAGACCCAGCAUUCCGCCGAGACAUCGAGCCGGAAGACUUCACAAACAUCGCCAAUGGCAGUAUGCUUGAUCCAGAUGUCGGCAUUGUGCUGAGCGGUCUCGACUUCCACUCGAACUACCUUAAGACCGCAAUUGCAUUCCAGUACUUGCAGCGCGGCGCAAAGUAUCUUGCUACGAACAUUGAUAGCUCAUUACCUAUGGCGCACACGCUGUUCCCUGGAGCCGGAUCAUCGGGCGCUGGUCUGGCGAAGGCCAUUGGGCGUGAGCCAUUAUCUCUGGGCAAGCCGAGUCAAGCUAUGAUGGAUGCUGUCGAAGGCAAGUUUCAGUUCGAUCGUAGCAGAACAUGUAUGAUUGGUGACAGACUGAAUACCGACAUUCAGUUCGGCAUUGAUGGCAAGCUGGGUGGCACGCUCGCUGUUCUGACCGGUGUGAGUAAGAAAGAAGACUUUCUGGCGGAAGGUGCAUCCACCGUGCCUACCGCCUAUGUCAACGCUCUCGGCGACUUGAUGGGUUAGAUAAACACGUAUAGAUAUACACGUAUAGAUCAUAGUAGAGAUACGCAGUAGGCAAUUGCACACAGGUCGCAUAGCGACGUCAUCGUAUAGUCCGUCCUUGAAGACCUGACUGCAUGGCAAUGUCGUAGCACCAGCCAGGUAUGUGCAUCUAGCAUAGCUGAAUCUGGUAUAAGCAUCC